AUGGCGUCGCCGCGGCCAAGCCCCCCCGCUCACCGCGCACUCGCCCGAUCCGGCCCCGGUCCACCAUGGACCGGUGGACCACGCCCCUCGCCCCGGUCCACCAUGGACCGCCCAGCCCCGUCGCGCCACGUGGCCGCAGCACCAGCCCAGCCCCCUCCUUUCCCCCCCCACCGCACGCGCAUCGCCCGCGUGGGCCGCGGCCCAUCUCGCGCCCCCGCCGCUGGCCUGCUGCACCCCAGCGCCCACGCCUGCGGGCCCGCCUGCCAGCCCGCGCCCAAGCCACUGACGGCCCGGCCCCACUCGUCAGCAAGACGGGGCCUCGUCCCCAACCUCCCGCCUGAUUCGGACGGGAGAGCCCGCCGCCGCCCCGCCCGAUCUUGCCUAGCGCGCGCCCCGAGGUUGGCCGUAGCCUAUAAAAACCCUCGGCUGCACCCCGCGCCCCCUUUGGAAGCCCUAGCCGCGCCGCUGCCCUGCCCUAAGUCGCGCUGCCACCAAAACCGCGCCCGCUGCCGUGUGAAGGUGCCCGCCGCCGUCGAUCCCAUCGGCCGUCGCGUCCCAGACGACGCGAACCGCCCCCGGAGCUCCGCACGGAGGUGA